ACUACGUCACGCCUGGUGAUGUUGCUACCCGGAACCCGGAAGUGUUCGCAGAAACGGUUGUGAAAACGAAUGGUGAUUCUAAGACUCCUAAAUAAACCUGUAAUAUGAGAGUCUGGAAGAAGUAUCUUGAGAUGAAGGAGCAGGUCAAGGCUGUUCAGCCUCUCCAAAACAUAACAAUGAAGUGAAAUUGUGAAGAAGAAGAAGAAGUGUGAAUCCGGAGCUGUGAAGACCUACAUUACCAGGCCACCUGAAAGCUGACCGUGGUCUGCCAUGUUUGUGACUGCAUAUCUUGCGUUUGUGGCCCUGGUGGUCCUGUGUGUGUGUCUGGAACUCGCAGCACGGCGCAUUGCUUCUCCGCAGUCCACUCAGGCGACCGUUGCCAACCCGGCUUUCCUCUCCUUCCAGAAGCUCUUCUUAAAAACAUACCUGUUGGCUCUGUGGGCUGACUGGCUGCAGGGGCCAUACCUUUACAAGCUCUACCAGCAUUACAGCUUCCUGGAGUCCCAAAUCGCCAUCUUAUACGUCUGUGGUCUGGCCUCGUGUGUGCUGUUUGCCCCCGUGGCUGGUUGGCUGCCGCAGGUUCUGGGUCGAAGGCAGACGUGCCUCCUUUUCUGCGUGUCCUACUCCGUGUGCUGCCUCACUAAACUGUCUCGGGACUACUUUGUGCUCAUCCUGGGACGUGUGCUGGGGGGUCUCUCCACUUCCUUGCUCAGUACGGCCUUCGAGGCCUGGUAUGUGCACUGCCAUGUUGAUGUCCAUGAUUUCCCUAAAGAAUGGAUCCCUGUGACAUUCAGCAAAGCUGCAGACUGGAAUCACGGGCUGGCUGUGGGUGCUGGGCUUGUGGCAAACCUGUUUUCAGAAUGGUUGGAGCUGGGACCUGUAGCUCCUUUCCUGCUUGCCAUUCCAAGCCUGGUUGCGUGUGCUUGGAUGGUAUUUUCCGAUUGGGGUAAUGAGGAAAAACUGGAACAAGGAGGCCAAAGGGACAGAAACAGUGCUCAUCCCGGCCCUCAAAGUGCCCCUCAGACUCGAUUCAGGCGAGCCUGUCUGGAAGGCGUGCGCUUUCUGUUCUCAGAACGUCGCGUAGUACUCCUGGGUGGUGUGCAGGCCCUUUUUGAGAGCGUACUCUAUGUCUUCAUAUUUCUAUGGACACCCGUGCUGGAGCCACAGGGCCCACCACUCGGCAUUGUCUUCUCCUGCCUAAUGGCGGCCAGUAUGGCAGGAUCGUCACUCUUCCGACUGGCCACAUCAGCCCGCUACCGGCUCCAGCCAGCCCACCUGCUGGGCUUGGCCACGCUGCUCGCCUUCUUCUCCUUCUUUAUGCUGACGUUUUCGACAGCACCAGGCCAGCCAAAGCCUAGGGAAUCGUUCCUGGCCUUCCUGCUGCUGGAGUUGGCCUGUGGCUUGUACUUUCCUGCUGUGAGCUUCCUUCAGGGCCGUGUGAUCCCAGUGGAGCGCAGGACUGCAGUUUUGGCGUGUUUUCGACUGCCGCUCAACUUGCUGGCAUGCUUGGUCUUGCUGGCGUUACAUGGUGAGGUGUCAGGCGCUGGUGCAGGUGAGGCAGGUAGUGGCACCAGGCACAUGUUCGCCGGCUGUGCUGGAAUGAUGCUAGCCGCCUUGCUGUCUGCUGUGAGUCUCUUCACUCUGGGGAGGAAUGAUGCAGACCUGCGACUUGACGGGACCAAAGGAGAGGGUGAGAUUUAAUCAGGAUGAUGGGAGAAUUUCCAGUCAGUUCAUAAACUGAACUACUUUGUUAAGAGAACUAGCUAUUAUAGCUGUAUGAAGAAUAUUUACAACAAAAUCUGUAAAAUACAGUACUUUUGUGAAGUGACUACUUGUAUGCCAGAAAACAUUUGCAAAGUGGUCAAUGGUAUAGCAGACCAAAGAUGCUGUUACUUUUCCAUGGUUGCUCACAGUGUUGUUUCAUUUUUACAUAUAAUCUCCCAAUUACAAUUUUCUAAGUGAAUAAAUAAUGUCGGUAAACUGAG